AUGCCGCAGGGCACCCUUUCCUCUUCACCAUGGCGUGUGGCCCUUUCGAUGUCUCUAAUCUCCCUCCCCCCAUUCGCCUUCUGGUGCCUGGCCGUCCCGGGACCUAGCAGUCUCUUUUACUUAAUAGGUAAUCUGCUAGCCCUCCUCUCCGUCUCCCUCACCGUCACAAAAAUCCUGCACUACAUUCCGUCGCCCAGUAUUUUUAUGUACUUGAAGCUGCGGUUCCAAUCGGAAACGUUGCAACAAACCGUGGCCGUCAUCCAAAUCGUCAUUUCCCUCGGGGUGCUGUUCUUCUAUCUAAUGUUCACCAGCUCGCUCCUGAGCGCCAUCUCUAAAUUCCCAUUCUAUUUAUUGGCUCCAUUAAUAGCCUCGUUGAGCUUAUUAACAACGGUAUUUGCCGGGCAGGCCAUGCUGAUGUUGCCCGUGUUUUUCAUCUUUUUAGCCUGUCUAACAGCUGGCUGUGGAAUAUUUAUUUAUUUUGGGCUUGAAGAGGUGGCUUCGUUCAGUGAAAUUGUCACUUUUCAAUUCAGUUUCUACAAAAUCGUGGCGAGCUUGGUUAUUGGAUUUUUUAUGGGAUUCUAUCAAUUGGCGGCCGGGCAGUCGAUGUAUCAGAUGUACUUCUCCCUCUCGACCCGUCAUAAGCUUCGUCUUUGCCUCUCCCUUCAUGCGGCAUUCCUCGUCUUUCUCUCAUCAUUCACCUUCCUCAUCGCCCAAAUCUUCACUCAUUUUCUACAAGAACACUGUCGUCUCUCCUAUUCCGCAGCCAGCCUACUCGAAUUUAUUCGGUUUACGGUCCCCCGGGCCCAAUUUUUGUCCUUUUUCGUUUCGGUAUCUCUCGUAUUGCUCCUAAUGUUUGCUUAUCAAUGGAUCUUUGUCGGAUUGGUGUCGACGAUUUGGGAGGAAUUCCUAAAGCCACACUUCAAGGAAUGGCCGCAGGUGCAGCAGCUAUGCGCUUUGCAGGCAACGGCCCUGAAAGUUACGGUAACCCUGAUACUGCUGAGUCUGGGUGUCGGCCUAUCGCCAGUAUCGUACGCGAAAUUCCUGCCCAUCAGCUUCUACAUCUUACUAUCUUUCGCGGCGCUGGUGACCGGCUGCUUUGCAUGCGGAUACUUUUUGCCGUUUACAAAUUUGAAGGGCUGCUUCGCCGGGUUGGCGCUCUGCGGAGCACUGAUAUUUUCGACAUUUUGGGCAAAUAUCGCCAAGAAUCCGCUGCCAAAACUUGAGAACAACUGCACGGCACACCUCUUCGACGAGUACCAAAUCCUGGACGACGGCCAGCACGGUGUUUUCUACAACACGAUGGCCGAUUUUCCAUUGGAUUUUGUGCCGCUGUUUUUGACAAUGGUGUUCACCCUCGUGUGUGUCGUCGUUUCCGGUGUAUCCGGCUGGCAAGAUCUCUUCGCGAUCGACUGGAAUUUGAUCGUUUGGCCGUGUUGUCUUUCGAAUACGCUAUCAGCAACUACAUUCCGAAAACGCCGCCCCUUUGUGGAGUCCGACUCAUUCCGCUAUGCUCAAAGCGACGCGAGUGGCACCGGGCCACGCCCGCAGCUACAU